GUGAGUCGUAUACGAUACAGUUGCUUCAGCACAGGUGAGGACAAUGUUCACAACGUACUGUUUAGACACGGGCAUACCGGUAAAGGCAGAGCCCCUUGAGGAUGACUGGCUAGCCCAGUUGCCACCACCUGGAACCUACUACGACCUGACGGACGAGCAACAGCACGAAGCUGUUCUGCGACUCAGGAAUCCUAUCGCCAAGAUCAAGAAGGAUUCGCAGUUUACGUGGAAGACGGUUGCGGACCGGAUGAAGGUAGUCGGGUUGGAUCCGUAUCGAAUAGACCUCGAUGAGCCGACGCUGAGGUUCAUGUUCAACCGCCACUACUUACAUCACCUCUACGGAGGCAGCUUCGUCAACUCGUUUCCUCACCCGGCACCAGAGAAGACCCAAGUUCACUUGCUCGACGACUUCAUGUGUCUCCUGCUGGAAUUCAACCCGCACGCCCCGGUCAACCCCGGCGACCCGGGCCUGUUCUUUGGAGAAAAACCAGCUGACAACGAAGGUGGUUUUACGCGCAGGGUGCACCGUGUAUUCGUGAGGGUGCGAGACAAACCUGCACUCUGGAGCUACAUGGGACAGUACCGGAUGUACGUUUCGGAGUCUCUGAGGACAGAUGAAUUUGCUCGUCAGCCCCUUGCAGUCAGUACGAAGGACGUGGGGAAGGACAUCCUUGAGAAGUCCUGGGGAAGCGUAGUUACGGCUAGGGUGUGCUUCCGCAAGGAACACCACAGAGAACCGACCGAGGAUGAGAUCUCUGAAGUCGUCGAAGACAACCAACAUAUGGCUGCAGUGCGCCGCAAGCUUGCAUGGGAAGAUAUCGUUGCUGCAUACGACAGAGGGGAAGAAGAGAUCGGUGUCUGGGCAAUGAAGUGCGUCAGUUACGACAUCCAGUUUCAACGUGUCCUCGCGAGGAACUACAAAUAUUACACUCCGCCGAAGGGAAAGUCGAAAGAUUCGGACACUCUGAAGGCGAGUCAGAAGCGCAAGCGGGGGUCGUCCGAGCCAGAGACACCGGAGCCAAAAUUGGAGUAUGACAACGGCGACGAUGAUGUCGAUUUUGAUGCGGAGGUCGUCGAAGUGAAGCACCUCAAGUCGGAGGAGGAUGCUGACAUGCACGACGAGCCGAAGGUCUCGCCGUCUCAGCAAACUCAUGCGACACCGAUCAAAUCCGAGUAGACUCUGCUGCUGCAUAUUACUUUCAUCAUCACCAUCAUGUCGUACGCUGUUGCUCGUAUACGCUGUCGUGCUUUCUAUCAUGGGAUACUCACCACUGCAUGUCGGUUGCUUGCUUCAU